UUGGGACAGGUCAGUUUCUUUGAAUCGUCACUACUUUUGAUCAUAUCUCGUCAGCUUCUUUCAUGGGGUUUUGAUCCUUUUGAUUCCUUCACAAACCCUUUACUCAUAAUUUCACGUGGAAUCUGUAUGUAGGUGAACUCCUCGUCAUUCCUCUGCUGCUCAAGAACUUAAAAUGGUGUCGAGAACUGUGGAUCUUCGUUCAGACACCGUCACGAAGCCAACAGAGGCGAUGAGGGCUGCAAUGGCGAGCGCGGAGGUUGAUGAUGAUGUAUUGAAAAACGACCCAACUGCGUUCCGAUUGGAAACAGAAAUGGCGAAGAUCAUGGGGAAGGAGGCGGCUCUUUUCGUGCCUUCAGGCACUAUGGGGAACCUCAUAAGUGUUCUUGUUCAUUGUGAAAUUAGGGGUUCUGAGGUCAUUCUUGGGGAUAAUUCUCAUAUCCAUAUUUAUGAAAAUGGAGGUAUUGCAACCAUUGGAGGGGUUCAUCCGAGGACUGUUAGGAACAAUGGAGAUGGAACUAUGAACUUGGAUUUGAUUGAAGCUGCCAUUAGAGACCCUCGAGGAGAGCUUGUGUUCCCAACUACAAGGCUUAUUUGCUUGGAAAACUCACAUGCUAACUGUGGAGGUAGAUGUCUCACUGCGGAAUAUACAGACGGGGUCGGCGAAUUAGCUAAGAAGCAUGGUUUGAAGCUUCACAUUGAUGGUGCUCGUAUUUUUAACGCCUCAGUUGCACUUGGUGUUCCUGUUAACAGGCUCGUGCAAGCGGCUGAUUCUGUAUCGGUAUGCCUAUCUAAGGGUCUGGGAGCUCCGGUUGGCUCGGUUAUUGUUGGUUCAAAAGCCUUCAUUACCAAGGCGAGACGGUUGAGGAAAACGUUGGGUGGCGGGAUGAGACAGGUCGGUGUUCUUUGUGCUGCAGCAUUGGUUGCAAUUCAAGAGAACAUUGUAAAGCUUGAGGGAGACCAUGAGAAUGCUAAGAUUUUGGCUGAUGGAAUAAAUGGAACCAAAGGAUUGCAUGUGGAAAGCCAUUUGGUUGAAACAAACAUAGUAUGCUUCUGUUCAUUGUUUAUAUAAUUAGAUAUGAAAUAUUGC